ACCCAAAAUGAAAGUGUUCAUAUAAAAGUAGUUGAUGCUGUACAGAGGUUGUGAUGUUAUUGUUUGUAUCGCCUGUAGAAUCCUAGUGAAGUCGGCGACAGCUGAACCCUACUUCGGAUUGCUCCAAUUGAAUCAUGCCAUGAUUGACGCUUGUUGUAAUUGUUUCCUCUUCAUAUACCAAACACCAACUGGGCAUCGCAAAGUUUCUAAAUUGAACGCGUAAUCAGAAUUUGCUUCCACAAAUGUCAUCUGGGUGACUCUUAUUUUGAUUCAGGCUACGGAGAUUUUGGUUGCCACUGAGGUCAAUCUUUCAUAAAAGAGGCUAAUUUUUGUUUUCUGGGUGUGUGUGAUUGAAGUGCUGUUUCAGCAUUUCUCCUGAUAAGGAGUGCGACUUUCAUACUGAUGUUAGUGAAAAACCAGAAUAGAGGGGAUGGAUCCAAGUCUCUGGCCGAUACACUGGCGAGAUGGAAAGAGUACAAUGCUUGGGUUGAAUCUAGCAAUGAGGCUGAGAAACCAGUUAGGAAAGUUCCUGCCAAAGGAUCAAAGAAAGGGUGUAUGAAAGGUAAAGGAGGGCCUGAGAACACACUCUGUAACUACAGAGGAGUUAGGCAAAGAACUUGGGGAAAAUGGGUUGCUGAAAUCCGGGAGCCAAACAGAGGGAAUAGGCUCUGGUUGGGUACUUUUCCCACUGCCAUUAGUGCUGCUCUGGCUUAUGAUGAAGCAGCUAAGGCAAUGUAUGGUUCUGUUGCACGUCUUAACUUUCCCAACCUUGAAGUUUCAGCUUUAUCUCAGGAAUCAAAAAGAAAUUCCCAAGCUGAUAGUCAAUGUGGUUCUGCAUUGAUGAUAUCAGAGAGUUCUGAAUGUAUGAUAUUUCCAAACAGCUCUGAGGGAGACACAGCUAAGGAUGAUGACAAGGAAGGCCUCUCCUUAUCCUUAAGUGUUAAACAUGAGGUAGUGUAGGGUGAAUCUGGUUCCAGUUCACCCCAUCUUUCAUUGGUGUUAGUUUUGUACACUCUUACUUGGCCCUUCAUAGUAGUGGAGAUUAGCUUAGAUGAAUGAAUCUUCACACUAUAGUACCUGGAGAUUAGCUGUUGUGAAAUUAACAUGGUGGAAAAUUGUUCAUUCUGUUAAAUGUAAGAUGUCAUGAAUCAUUCUUGAUGACAUUACUUGUUUCUUGGGUGUCCAUUUUGCGUUA